AUGUCUGCCUUGAACGCCGGAGACUCCUUCCCAGCCGAUGUCACCUUCGGGUACAUCCCAUGGACUGACGAGAAGAAGGAAUUCACCACCUGUGGUGCUCCUCAAACCUACGAGGCCUCCAAGCUCUGGGCUGACAAGAAGGUCGUCCUCGUUUCCGUCCCAGGUGCCUUCACCCCAACCUGCUCCGCAAACCAUCUCCCCAGCUACAUUGCCAGCCUACCUGCCUUGAAGCAGAAGGGUGUCGAUGUUGUUGCUUUCAUUGCCUUCAACGACCCCUUCGUCAUGAGCGCCUGGGGUAAGGCCAACGGUGUUACUGGUGAUGACAUUCUCUUCCUCAGUGACAUCGGCUCCAAGUUCUCCAAGUCCUUGGGAUGGACCAUCCACGAUGACCGUACCGCCCGUUACGCCAUGAUCAUUGACCACGGAAAGGUUACCUAUGCCGAGAAGGAGCCCGCUCCACCGGCCGUCACCGUUUCCGGUGUCGAUGCUGUCCUCCCCAAGUUGUGA